AUGCUAGCUCUUUUCGACUAUUACCCCUCAAACACGUCUUCGACGUUGCCUUUAGAUGCCCUCAAUGUUGCUGUUUUUUGGUCCCAAAUCUGGUUCGAGGAAUUCCAUCUAUUGGAACAGCGAUCGUUGGGUAGGCCACUUGCAUUGCUCAAGCGUGGACUUCCUCCUAUUAACAUCACGGUGAAUGGCACAUUGGACGCUCAGCUGCAUAGUACGCUUGCAAGAACACGGGGAAAACGAAGCAAGAUACCAUUGGGCUGGUCGCUGUCACAGCUCUAG